ACAUAUCAGAUUAUGAACGAAGCUAUGAAUAUAUCGUUAAGGAAUUUACACCACAGGAGUGUAAACUAGCUCAAACGUUAGGAGAAAUUGCUUUAUCAAUCAAUACGAAGGUUAGGGAAUUGCGUCGCAAUCACACCACAAGGGGGGAAGCACUCAUCGUUGGCAGCAUCCAGGGAACAGCUUGCAGCGGAGGAACGUAUCGGACAUCGAGCUACACGUGGGAAAACGCGUUGGUAUACUACGAGUACGAAAUCGGGUUAUACGACUACGUGGCUACGGCAGACCUCGAGAACGAUCAAAUCACGCUGCGUAGUGGUCUUGUUUGCGCGCAUACAACGGGUUGGUGUCUAGAUCCAGAUUACGGCUACCUCACCUGGGAAGUGGACCUGCGGCGGCAAUGCGAGCGAAACGACUUCGAAAUCGUCUAUGAAGGUAUUGUAAACAAAACCAUCGAUAAUGCAAAGGUAAAUGCAGCGAAUACAGUCUACACCUUAAUCUCGAAAGAGCAUAUGUUUUCGAUAAGAGCUCGAGACGCUACACAGAUAUGCGGCUUCAAUAGCUACGUCACCGACCAUCCUAAGAUAUUCAUCCUCGAGCUAAGUGGUUAUCAAUCGCCAUUCCAACGAAAAGCGGUCGACGGAAGAAACCUCGACUUAUUCACGUACUUCAAUUCAAAAAUCACUCUGGUAGAAAACUAUCUCGGCCAAAAGCUGAACGACGUAUACUUCACAGUAAUGACCGAGAUGUGCAAAAUCGAUAAGGCACUCCUGGAAACCAAGCUGACUCUGGCUCGACUUAAUCCUAGUGAAUUCGUCACAAACCUGGUGAAACGUCCCGGAUAUACGGCCGUCGUAGCAGCAGAAGUAUUAUACAUCCUUGAAUGUAAGCCAGUCUACGUUACAUACGAAAGCAAAGAAGACUGCUAUCACGAGAUUCCGGUAAAAUACAAUAACCGGUCAAUGUUCAUAGCUCCAGUAACCAGAAUGUUACAACUAAGAGGCACGCAAAUGGAUUGCACUCCGCUUUUGCCUGCGAAAUUUACCAUCGGUGGAAGAUGGUAUACGACCGACCAACGCUUGCGUGAGUUAAGUUUCGGACGAAUGAUGAGCGGAUGA